AUGGAAGCCAAUAGACCACCACAGAUGGGGCCCUAUAGGGCUGAUGUUCAGCCGGGGUUGCGGGCAAUGUCAGCCGCUGCUACAACAUUAUCUACAAUACAAGCUGUUAACACAGCGUUACAGGUCAUUCAGACAUUGCAGCUUACAUCGUGGAGAUAUCCACCUCAAUGCCAACCUGAUGAUGGCAGUUCAUUUGAUUUCAUUGUCGUGGGUGCUGGCUCGGCCGGCUGUGUUCUCGCCAACAGACUAUCGGCUAACCGUGACGUCUCUGUUUUACUCAUAGAAGCUGGAGAAGCACCACCAUUUGAAUCAGAAAUAGCAGCACUGUUCCCACUACUAGCAAGCUCUCCAUAUGAUUUUAAUUACACAGCAGUUGACGAUCACUAUGCAGCACAGAACCUUCAAGGUCAACAUGUUGGACUCACUCAAGGAAAGAUGUUAGGUGGUAGUAGCUCUUUAAAUCAUUUGAUUUAUGUGCAACCCCACGCCGAAGACUUAAACGAAUGGGCGAAAAUUCUAAAUGAUAACACAUGGAAUUAUAAAAAUAUGCUACCGUACAUAAUAAGACCAGAAAACUUAGUAGACGAAGAAUUACUAGCUUCAGAAUCUGCUAAACAACAUGGCACUGAAGGCCCAAUUAAAAUAUCAAGACAGAAAAGUGAUAGCAACAAAAAUCUUCUAUCAGCUUUCGAAGAACUUGGUCAUCGUAUUGUCGACGACACGAGCGCACCAGAAUCAAGAUUAGCUUACUCCGAGCCUUUAUUAAAUAUUGGUGAUAAUAUUCGACAGAACAGUGCAUUAACAUACCUCACUCAAGCUAAACACCGUCCUAAUCUUUGUGUUUUGACUAGCACAACAGUAAUCAAAAUUGUAACUGAAAAUUCCAUAGCUACUGGUGUGGAAACUAUUGAUAAUAAGGGUACAAUCAAAAAUUUUACAGCUAACAAAGAAGUUAUAGUUUCAGCAGGAGCCUUUAACAGUCCCAAAUUAUUGAUGCUUUCUGGUAUUGGACCUAAAGAUCAUCUUCAGUCAUUGGGCAUUGAUGUUAUCGCUGAUCUGCCUGUAGGAGAAAUGUUGCAAGAUCAUUCGGAAUCAGUACUUGUGUAUCAAAUGGAGGAAGACAAUUCCCCAGUACCAGCAGCUAACCCUUUCGAAUUCCCUGCUCCAAUGACUAUAGGUUAUGUGGCACUUGAUUCUUUGAAAAAUCGCCCUGAUUACCAAGCCAUCACUUUAGAAUUCAGCCACGAAUCAGCAGGCUUGCUACAAUUGUGCUCGAAUGUGUAUAAGUUUUCAAAUGACUUAUGCGACCUCUUUUACAAUGCUAGUAUUGGCAGAACUACUAUUUGGGCUAUCAUUGACCUGAUGAUACCUGAGUCUCGAGGUAAAGUUUUAUUGAAAAGCUCUGAUCAUACCGACGAUCCUUUGAUAUAUUCUGGGAUAUUCAAUAACAGUUCUGAUUUGAAACUAAUGGCAGCAAGUUUGGCUGAUUUUAACAAAGUUUUAGAGACUUCGUAUUUUAAGAGUAUAGGUGCGAAACUAGUUGAUACUGGAUUGUGUACGAAUGUUGUAACUGAGGAAGAAUAUUGGACGUGUAUGGCUUUAUCUACGUCAUCAAGUUUAUGGCAUUAUGCUGGUACAUGUGGAAUGGGUUCUGUAUUAGAUAGUAGAUUGAGGGUCAAAGGAGUGAAAAAACUCAGAGUAGUUGAUUCUUCGUCAAUGCCAACACAAGUUAGUGCUAAUACUUUAGCUACAGUUUUAAUUAUAGCUGAACGAGCCGCUGACUUUAUUCUUGACGCUUGGGAUAUUUGUAAUCAUCUUUGA